AUGACAAAAUCUUUUAACUACAUACUGGUUGUGACAUCAGCGCCUGCCAAUGAAGCCGAACUUCAGCUGUAUAGAGUGAUGCAGAGGGCUAGCCUGCUGGCUUACUACGAUACACUUCUUGAAAUGGGCGGGGAUGACGUCCAACAGUUAUGUGAUGCAGGUGAAGAGGAAUUCUUGGAGAUAAUGGCAUUGGUGGGGAUGGCUUCCAAACCUCUUCACGUUCGUCGCCUUCAAAAAGCCCUCCAAGAGUGGGUGAACAACCCUGCUCUCUUUCAGAUUCCUAUAGUCCCAAACAUAUGUCCAUCAGAGAACCCUUUCAUACAAUGUAACCAAAGAUUACUGAACAUCCCCCCUCCUCUUCCUAACGUGUUACCGAGAAGCGUCGCAUCUCCAGAAAGUAAUAGGCCAAUGUAUAGUCCUUCCCCUGGGGCUCCAGAAAACAGCUGUGGAUCAACGGCAUCAGCUCCCAAUGCGAGUCCUGUACACCAAACGAAUACAUUCACUAAGAUAGUAUUACCUUCAUCACCUGCACCAGCGACUCCAGUCACUUCGACCGCUGCAAGAUCAUUUUCUCCUCAAAGCGCAUGUCCUCCAGCAUCAUCUGGGUCAAGUCCUAGUUCAGUGACGUCGCCAGUACAGUUGACACCGGUUUUGUUAGAUGUUCAUGUGCAAAAGUUAGCAGCUGCGGCAGAGAAACUGAGCAAACACUUGCCACAGUUGGAACCAAAACCGCAGAAUACGAAAAAGAAGAUGUGCAAGGAUUUGGAGUUGGUAAUGUUGAUGCCGGAAUCCGAUCCGAAACGGAUGGAAGAGAUCAGAAAAUACGCAGCGAUAUACGGUCGUUUUGACUGUAAGCGGAAACCGGAGAAACCGCUAACGUUACAUGAGGUGAUGGUAAAUGAAGCGGCAGCGCAGAUGUGCCGUUGCGUGCCAGCACUGUUGACGCGCCGCGACGAGCUGUUCCCACUGGCGAGGCAGCUGGUCCGCCGCGCUGGCUUGCACUACUCCAAACACGGUCUGCCCCCCAGUGCAGCGUCGAUGGGUGAGGAACGGGACCGUGACGAGGAGGAGACGCCGGCGAAGCGUCCUCGACAGGAAGGUGAGGAGAGUGGCAUCAGAGUCAGUCCCGAUGCAGCGAGGAGUAACUCCAACCACAGUUGGUGGGGCGUGAAAGCUGAGAGUGAUGAUGCAGACUCUAGAUGUUCCUAUUCUAGUACCAGCACUCCUCCGCCUGAGGUAGAAGAGUCUCGGCCGCAGGUGGUAGCCGCUCGUGGUGACAGCAUCAUAGCUGUUGCUAACCCCGCGUUGCAACCCCAUCCCGCCCGUAACCAUUCCAACUGA